AUGGACCUUAAUUUGACAAACCCUUCCUAUGUGCUCACCUACAUCACAGAUGAAAAGGGUGUGUUUAAUGCGACCUUCGACAUCGCAGAAGGACUUGAUCAAGGCAGCAGUGACAAAAAUAGCCUGCCUCGUAAAAUCACUCUAGGUACCUUCUUUGCAGUGGCCAUUCUGAUUGCUAUAAUAGGCAAUCUUCUGGUCUGCACAGCUGUGUUUACAGAAAGACGACUGAAGCGAAUCAAAAAUAACUACUUUAUAGUGUCAUUAGCCGUUGCUGACCUGUUAGUCUCCGGUGUCGUCAUGACGUUCGCUAUGGCAAACGACAUUGAGCAGCAAUGGAUGUUUGGUGGAGUAUUCUGCAGAAUUUGGAUAUCUCUGGAUGUCAUGUGCUCCACUGCAUCCAUUCUUAACCUGUGCGUCAUCAGUUUCGAUAGGUUCAAGCACAUUCAAAAUGCCAUGUAUUACGACACUUGGAUGACUACGAGCAAAGCCCUGACUUUUAUAGGCUGCGUCUGGUUUCUCUCGGCACUGAUAUCUUUCCUUCCUAUCCAGCUCGACUGGCACCAAGGUGCCAUCACCAUCAAUGAAACUAUCACUGCUGAAGAUCAGUGCAUAAUCAAACUCAAUUUCAUCUACGCAAUAAUUUCUUCAACAAUUAGUUUUUACGCCCCAUGUUUAGUCAUGCUUAUAUUGUACUUUAGACUGUUCUUGUUUGCCAGAAAGCACGCCAUUAGUAUAAGAAGUCAAAAGCGUCCCGUCACGUCAUCGCCCGGAGAACGCACAAACAACCUGAGUAAUGGUUCCAACAGAACUUCUCUUAAAGCUUCAGACCACAAAGCUGCCUUCACCCUCGGUGUUAUCACCGGUGUUUUCCUUUGCUGCUGGCUUCCAUUUUUUAUUAUUAAUCCGAUAAACGCUUAUGACCCAAACAUUGUCCACCCAAAUGUGUUCGUUGUCUCCACUUGGCUUGGCUACGUCAACUCGUGUCUCAACCCAAUCAUUUAUAGUAUUUUUAACACAGAAUUCAGGGAAGCUUUCAAGCGUAUCCUUUUCCUACGGACUUGUCGCAGGACCAGUUCUUUGCCCUCUACGUCAGGAACAAACAGCACACGUAUUAAGCAUAAAAAAUCUGAUUACGAACAGCAACCUUCAGACAAUGGAUCAAUUCUUCGAAAAACUAGCAGAGAUCGUCUAUUCAACGAAAAAAUUACGCGUGUCUAA